AUUAGUCGGCAGCGGCGGGCCGUAUCCCUCAGAAAUGGAAAGCUGUGUUGGGGAUGGCGGGGGAACAUACGGCGUAGGAGGCUUUCUGCGUGGGUCGGCUCUGUGUGGUGAUCGGUCAGAUAGUGAAUAUACAUAUAUAUGUUUCAGUUCUCCAAGUCGCUGAUUUUUCUCGCAUGUAUCUUUGUGUGAGAGAGACCUUUUGAAGAGUUCUCUGGAACGUUUUUGGUAGCUAAUGUCUUUAGAAUAAAACGAGGAAGAAAUGGAGAUGAUGACUGAGAAACAGAGAGAUACUAGGUAUUUCUGGAACCAUGCUCCUGAAAAAAGCGAUUAUGAGGCUGUAGAAGCCCUUAUUUCUAUGAGUUGCAAUUGGAAAUCAGACUUCAAAAAACAUGCAGAAAUGAGACCUAUAACUCCAGCAUCUGAUAUGUCAGAAGAGAGUGACGAGACUUUGCUUCCUGGAGCAGCGGACUUUAAUGCGAUACCAGCAUUUUGCCUGACCCCCCCCUACAGCCCUUCUGACCCUGAGAUGUCGCAGGUGGUCCAUCCCGGGACACAAGCACCUGCUGCAGCGCCUGGCAAGUGGCUGGCUGAGGCUGCCAAGCCUCUGGCCACCCCUCGGAGAGAGGUGGAGAGGCCUCCAGCAGCCGGCCCUCUGAAAGCUCAGGCAACCAGUGUUAUCCGCCACACGGCUGAUGCCCAGCUUUGUAAUCGCAAAACCUGCCCGGUGAGAACAGCCAGCGUGCUGAAAUACCAGGACAGUGUUUCAAGGGAAACAACCAGUAAACAAAACGCCGAAGCAGAGUAUGUGGCGUGUUCUGCCAUGGCACCGAGAAGAGCCAGUGAUGAGAGUGGUGAACUGCCGGUGGCAGAAGGAAAAGCCGCAGAACCAGCUGGCAGCCUGGUGCCCUUGACAAAGCCCUUGGUCGGCAGGCAUCAGCCUGUCCCUGGGUCGGUGGGGGUGGCACCGUCGUGCCCUACCCAGGGCAGUGGAGCCCCCCCUGUGCCAGUGAUUUGCCAGAUGGUCCCACUGCCCACAAACAGCAACGUUGUGACAGCCGUAGUGCCCAACACCACGCCAAGCCAGCAGCCGGCUCUCUGUCAGCCCAUGGUCUUCAUGGGCACCCAGGUUCCCAAAGGCGCUGUGAUGUUCGUUGUGCCCCAGCCGGUUGUGCAGAGCACGAAGGCUCCCAUUAUUAGUCCAAAUGGCACGAGACUCUCUCCCAUUGCCCCUGCUCCCGGCUUCGUACCUUCUGCGUCAAAAACCACUCCUCCGGUUGAUUCCUCAAGAAUAAGAAGUCACAUCUGCAGCUACCCAGGAUGUGGGAAAACGUAUUUCAAGAGCUCCCAUUUAAAGGCUCAUGUCAGAACACACACAGGAGAAAAGCCAUUUAGUUGUAGUUGGAAAGGCUGUGAGAGGAGGUUUGCACGGUCUGAUGAACUGUCUCGCCAUCGCAGAACGCACACUGGGGAGAAGAAGUUUGCCUGCCCGAUGUGCGAGCGGCGGUUCAUGAGGAGUGACCACUUAACGAAGCACGCGCGCCGCCACUUAUCGGCUAAGAAGUUACCAAACUGGCAAAUGGAAGUGAGCAAGUUAAACGAUAUUACCGUGCCACCAACGUCUACAACCACGCAGUGAGAGGACUUAACUCUGAAGACGGUGGAAUUAACUGUUGCUGCUGGGAUAUGCCAGCUAAAAAAAGGCUUUUGCUCCUGGCCUGUGGUUCUCCCGCUGGCGGUGCAGCAGAGGGGCGAAGGCAGCCUGUGCUCCGUCACAAUAAAUGUUGCUGGGAGAACCAGUGGCUGACUGGAAUAGCGGGUGUCUUUUGCACUGGUAAGGAGAGAGAAAGGGAAGGUUCUAGAGCAGAGCAGCAUGCAUUGUGGAAGUUUUGAAUUUUGCAAAUUACUCAUAUAUACUCCAGAUCAGUCACGCAUAAGUGUUGCUGAAGGUUUGCUGCUGAUGCUGGAGACCAACUCCGAUUGUAACUUCAGUUGUCAGCCUUCAGUACAGCACAGACUAGGAAGAUGGCAAUGUAUGGGCGCAGGCUUGGAAACCCAGAAGGCACCUGCAUAAGAUAAUCUAAGUCGGUUUUCCUACUUCUGCCACCUUUUGUUGGUAGGAAUCUUUUCUUCCCGUCCAUUCUCCAGCCCUGUCAUAGGCAAUGGUUUGGUGCCAGACUCCUGGAGAUUCUAGAGCCGUUCCCCUGCACGGGGUGUUGAACACACCCGGCCUUAUGAGCUGUCUGGGGGGGUGCGGAGGGAGCGCUCGGGGCGCUGUGGGGGCAGCUGGAGGGUAGGAACAUUUGUGAAUCCUCAUUAGCUUUUGUAAUAUUUUCCCAGCUGCUUUGGCAAGCCUUGUGAUUAUUACAGCUGCAUGUACCUGGGCAUCGUACGGUGCUUCUGCUUUUGUGUUGCUUGGGGUUCCCUUUAUACCUUCUGACGGAUCUGUACCACUGCGUUUUCCAUAAACGCAGCGCACUUUGAAGAGAAACAUGGCAACUGUAAACUGCUUGAGUUGAUUAAGGAAGAAAACCAAGAAUUUUAGGCUUCUUGAUGAUGUUAUUCGUUGAAAGACGGUUUAUACUAAAAAUGAAAUGGAUAUAUUAUGUAUUGUUUUAAAUUAGAAAGUUGUGAUUCGAGAAGUAAAAUGAGGCAGUAAAGACACCGGCCUAGAACUUAAACUGUAGCUUUUGUGACAAACAAUGCAUCGACUUUCACUAUUUCUAUUUUAUCAUAUAAUGUUAGAGGACACAUAUCAGAAAGUGAACAGUUUGAAAAUAGUGUAUUAGAUACGCUUUUUGUGACUACUUUAAAGAUUUGCACAUUUCUUAUGUUGUACUUUAUACUUUGUUUACAAUAAAACCGAUUUUCUUUAAUAUAGA